AUGGACGAAGCCGCGAAGCCUAGCCAGGGAAAGCUUGUCCUCAUCACUAUCGCGAAGAUCAUCGGUGUUCUUGCUUCGAUCUACUUCUUCUUGAUGGGCUUGGACAUGAUGGGCAGCUCCUUCCUGGUGCUUGGAGGCAAGGGUGCUGGAGACUUGUUUACCAUCGUUGAUAAUCCAAUCACGGGUUUGAUGGUUGGCAUUCUGGCGACGGUCCUGGUUCAGUCUUCCUCCACCAGCACCUCGAUCGUGGUGGGCUUGGUCGGUGCCGGCCAAGUUUCUGUAAAGUAUGCAAUUCCCAUCAUCAUGGGCGCCAACAUCGGCACGUCCGUGACAAACACCAUUGUCUCGAUGGCGCAUGCUGGUGAGCGUCUUGAGCUCGAGCGUGCUUUUUCCGGGGCUACAGUUCAUGACAUGUUCAACUUCCUCAGUGUCCUCGUCAUGCUGCCGGAGGAGGUGAUCAUUGGUGCCAUUGCCGGAGAGGGUGGCCUCCUGUACUACAUCUCGAAAGGAAUCACAGAGGCUGUUGUGGGCCCUGAAACGGAUGUGACAUUCACGUCUCCGACCAAGUUCAUCGUCGCCCCCUUCACCGAUCUCUUCGUGGACCCGAACAAGGACGUGACAAAGUCGCUGUCUUUGGGUGCACCUAAGGCGCACGCCAUGCCGACUGGCCUGACUGGAAGCUGCCCGAGCACCAUGGACUGCAGCAACUACUUCUGUGUUUCCUCUUCCAUGAGCAAGAACUGGAAGAAGGUCGACAAGGAUGCUUAUGAGGUGCUGGCAGAGUGCAGCACCUACUUCCCGCUCUUGAACCACGGCUGCGGCUCGGACACGUGCUACUUGGAGGCUGACAAGUUUUAUGCGCAGUCCAUCGAGGCUGGCACUAUCUUGGAUGGAGGUGCCUUCUCCGGCAUGGGUGAUAUCGCGGGCGGCAUCUUCGGGUUGAUCUUCUCCUUGAUCAUCGUCACCGCCACCCUGUUCUGCUUGGUGAAGCUCCUGCACAGCCUCAUCAUGGGCACUGCAAAGAAGGUGAUCAUGCGCGCUACGAACAUGAACGAUUAUGUAGCAAUUCUGGUCGGCCUUGCCAUCACCUUCAUCGUCCAGUCCAGCUCCGUGACGACCUCCACCCUGACUCCGCUUUGCGGGGUUGGAGUGCUGCCGGUGCACAAGAUGUUCCCGAUGACUCUGGGGGCAAACAUCGGAACCACGUUCACAUCAAUGCUUGCCGCCGUCGCAGUCAUGAAGCCUGACAGCUUGCAGAUCGCCUUUGUGCAUUUGCUCUUCAAUAUCUUCGGAAUCCUAAUUUGGUUCCCAGUACCAUUCAUGCGCCGGAUCCCCGUCAAGGCCGCCUGCCUGCUAGGCUUCUACGCCUCCUAUUGGCGCCUGGUGCCUUUGAUUUACAUCCUGGUGAUGUUUGUGGCCUUGCCCGGAGUGGCCCUUGCCAUCUCUUUGCUGUAUGGUGCCAGCAUUGCCGGUGGCGUCGUCGUUACACUGCUAGCCCUUGGCGUCGUGGCCGGCUUAAUUGCGUGGUGGUGGAAGGACGGCUGCUACAGGGUCGUCUCCAAGGAGCAGCGUGAGGAGCGCGCUGCAGAGAUUGCUGCGGAGAUGGGCGAAAAGCCACAGGCCGAGACUCCUGUUGUGCCUGUGGCUGCCUGGGAGGCUUGA